AUGGCACGCAAUGAAGAGAAAGCGCAGUCGCUACUGAAUCGAUGGACGAGCAUGAAACAGGACUUUGUUGAUACAUUCAAGAAUCGGCGACCGUAUUUGGCUUCCCAAUGUGACAACCUCAAAGACGCCGAGCGCUGGCGACGACAGAUUAUUCGCGAGAUUUCCAAGAAGGUUGCAGAUAUUCAAAAUGCUGGCUCAAGCGAGCACGUGAUUCGUGACCUGAACGAUGAGAUCAACAAACGCAUUUGUGAAAAGCGGCAUUGGGAGCGGCGUAUCGUGCAAUUGGGUGGACCGGACUAUGCGCGAUCGCAGCCACAGGCCUAUGAUGCAGAUGGAGCUACUGUGAGUGGCGCACGGGGCUACAAGUAUUUUGGAGCUGCAAAAAAUCUCCCCGGUGUGCGCGAGCUUUUUCAGAAAGAGGAGCGUGAACCUCGCAAACGCACCCGGCAAGACAUGUACAAGCAUAUUGAGCCUGAUUACUUUGGAUUCCGUGACGACGAGGAUGAGCAGCAACUAAAGGACGAGGACGAAGCGGAGAACAGACAACGUCAGCGUGCUAUGGAUAGUUGGGACGCCGCUGAAGCUAAACGCAAGGCACAGGUUGCAGAGCUGGGGAUACCUGCAACUUGA